GACUCUUUCAAUUCACUUUUUACAAGAGAGAAUUAACAGAAAAAAAUGAGAUUCACUUCUAUGAUUUUUGUUCUUGUAGUGAUACUGAUAAACUCAUUGUUUAACUUUAACGUUUUGGCUUCAUCCGUGAUCGAAACAACAAAAAAUGAUGUGUGCUCUACUCCAUGUACACGGAGGUAUGGAACUUAUGAAUGUUGGCAUGACUGCUUGCACGAGAGGUAUAACGAUGGAGGCUGUGUUGAUGGACGAUGUUGUUGCAAAAAGUGAUAGAAAUCAAUGAAUGGUCUCGUUUGAACGGUGGAA